AUGAAGAGAAAGUUACAGUUUUUCUUCAUGAAUCCCAUUGAAAAAUGGCAAGCUAAAAAUCGAUUUCCAUAUAAAUUUGGAGUGCAAAUUAUCAAAAUAGUUUUGGUCACAAUGCAGCUCUGCUUGUUUGCGUAUCAUCGAUAUAACCACGUCAACUACACCUGGGACAACCGAAUCACGUUUUCUCACUUAUUUUUAAGAGGAUGGGACCCAACAAUGGAAGCUGGGCCUUUGGCAAUUUAUAAAGAAGAUGAAUUUUAUGAAACAAUUGAUUAUGCCUUCAAAGGCUAUUCUGAGUUGAAUAAGGCAAUUGGGCCAUAUUCAUAUGCAACUGAAAACAACACCAUGACUGAUAUGAUACUGUGUUUAUAUCAAUACAAAAAAGGUAUUAUAUUUGGUUUUAAUGAAUCAUACAUUUUUGAUAGUGAUAUAGUUAAAACUUGUUUAAACUUUUCCAGAAAUUUAGAUUUAAGAGCUAAAGAGUAUAUUGAUAACAGUGACAUUACAAUUAACUUUUCAGCUUUAGUAAAAGCAGAGUUAUUGUUUUCUAUAAAGACAGUUAAUUUCAAAGCAGCUGGACGAAUAUCAGCUCCAAAUUGUUAUAGGUUUGAUAUUAUUAUUUUAUUUGAUAAUAUUGAUCAUGAUGGGCAGAUGCUAUUGACACUUGAUGCUGAACCAACAAGGCUUAUGUGUAAAGGGGAUGUAGAAUAUAUCACUGACAAUGAAAUCGAAUCACUUUUAAGAAGUAUUUUGAAUUAUUUAGUUAUAGCAAUAUGCAUUUUGUCAUUUAUCUUAUGUAGCAGAGCAGUUUGGAGAGCUCAACAGCUGAGAACAAUAACAGAAAAUUUCUUUGUUCAACAAUAUUCUCAGCCCCUCACUUAUGAAGAUAAAAUAAAAUUUCUCAAUCUGUGGUAUAUUAUGAUUAUUGUAAAUGAUGUUUUAAUCAUUAUUGGUUCAGCUAUCAAAGAACAAAUAGAACGUGAAGAGUUUACUAGUGAUCAGUGGAAUGUUUGUAGUUUAUUUUUAGGAAUAGGAAAUAUGCUUGUUUGGUUUGGUGUUUUAAGAUAUCUAGGGUUCUUCAAAACAUACAAUGUAGUCAUCUUAACAUUACAAAAAGCAGCUCCACAGGUGGCACGAUUCUUAUUGUGUGCACUAUUAAUUUAUGCAGGCUUCACAUUCAGUGGCUGGUUAAUUUUAGGCCCUUAUCACUUAAAAUUUAGGUCACUCUCAACAACCUUAGAGUGCCUUUUCUCACUUAUAAAUGGUGAUGACAUGUUUGCAACUUUUUCAAUUAUGUCUAACAAAUCUCAGUUACUUUGGUGGUUCAGCAGGCUCUACUUGUAUUCAUUCAUCAGCUUGUAUAUUUAUAUAAUCUUAAGUCUUUUUAUUUCUGUUAUCAUGGAUGCAUAUGAGACAAUUAAACAGUACUACAAUGAGGGUUUUCCAAAAACUAGACUAGAAAUUUUUAUUGGGGAAACUUCAAUAGAAGAUGUUUCAAGUGGAAUUUUUAGGAGUAGCUCAAGUGAAAGUCUAGGGAAUCUAAUGAGGGAUUUGUGUUGCUGUUGUAAGAAUAUACAGAGAUCAUAUUCAACUUUGUCAAACUCAAAAACACCUGAGCCAGCAAACAGUACUAGGUCUAGUAUUCCAGUAUAA